GCGAACGUGUCGUGUGGUCGAGCGCGAACGAGCGAGCGAACGAGCGAGUGAGCGAUCACGGGAUCGAAAAAAAAAAAAAAAAGAAAAGAAAAACGCCAAGAACGAUAUCGGUGAACGGCCCCGGGGUGUGACUUUGCAUACACAGAAUCCGUAUAUUCACGUGCGAUAUUUCCGCACGGCCGGUCGGCGACGUGAAUCGCGAUCUUAUCGGGCUCGAUCACGGGGGUGCCUCGACUGGGGAGAAGCGCGACGAUGUGAGGGAUAUACCAGUUUAUUGCGGGUGCUUUCGGGACGAGAGGAGAACAUAUCGGCGGCGGAGCGGGAGAUGCGCGGGGACACGAUCCUCGGGAAGAAGCCGAGAGAUAUCGGUGAUAAGAGAGCUCGCCGGCUAUGAGCACCGUCACGGGAGUCGGAAGUAGAAGAAGAGACCAACGUCCAGCUACCGCAACCGCAUCGAGCAACGAGACUCGCCGAGUCGAGAGAAACACUUGCCGAGGUUCACGAAAGAUUCCGCGAGACCCAUUCUCUCGCGCGCGUCACCUCGCUCGAAUAUUCGUCCAAGAGGCUACUCUACGUCGAGCGACUGUCGCACCACCAUCCUCACUACCACCAUCGCCAUCGUCAACACCGACACCUUCGGCGUGCCCACGGAAUCGAGCGCGCGCUGCAACACGCCGCGCGAUAAGAGGACGACGGGCUCUACUAAAGUUCCGAUCUCCGAAGACCGAUCGGCUUUGUCGGGGCCGAGAUCUCGAGGGCUCUCUCUGCCGCGCGUCGACGUCCGACCGAGAAAAGACCCCUCUCGAGGACUAUCACGACUAUCUCCGGCGGGACGAGAGAUCGCCCCCCGCGUUCGUGCGAGUCGUCGCUGCUGCCGCCGCCGCCAGUGUCCGGGAAUCCCGCGUGAUCCGCUCUCCUCGAUCAAACUCGAUCGGUCGUCGCGCUUAGAUCGAUCGUCGCGCUCCGCGGGGGAAGAAACGCCGCGAGGAAUCACACUUCAUCGUCCUGCUCCUCGCCGUCGUCUCUCCUCGUGGUGGACAUUAAGAUCGAGUCGCGCGAUAGGCAGCCUCGAGAUCAUAUCGCGAGAGCUGCUCCGUGGAUCAUCAUCCACCUCUGCCGCGAUCGGAUUCUCGGUAUCGACGUUCGUUCUCUCUUUCUCUCUCUUUCUCUCGCUCUUCCGACAAGAGGCGAGAAACUAGACGCGUGCUUCGCGAUCGUGAGAGAUUUCCAUCGGCGUGAGUUUCCGUAAUAUCGCCCCGCGACCAUCGUCAUCGUCCGUGAGCCGCGUUCGAGGAUGCUAACGUGGUCGUCGUGGUCGUCGUCGUUAUCGUGUCGACGUCGGAGUGCGUGUUCGCGUCGUGCCGGCCGUUUCUGAAGGUCGAUGAGCGUGAUUCGGUGCCGGGCAAGUGAAGGCUCUUCAAUUAAACUCGUGCGUGGCGGCGUCGUCUACGUUGCGUUGCCUAGGCGACGGAUCGCCCAGUUAGGAGACCCGAACGAGAGAGGCGGCCAGCUGUGACCGGCAGCCACGCGGUGGACAUGAUUAUUUCAAAGGAUCUGUUCCUCCUUGGCGACCAGGAUUAUCUGCGCCUUGCCGUCGAGAAGCGCCAGCAACGGGCAAUGGGCCGGUCGAUCAUCAAUGCUCCCAGAGUGGAAAGCUCAGCGCUGCAGUUGGUGUGCCCGCUGGAUUCUCGUCCGGUGCAGCUAAUCUUCCGAGGAUUGCAGGUGGUCAGGGAGAAGCGAGCGCUCCUUCGAGAUGUCUCGGGGGUCGUCAAGCCGGGCGAAUUAUUGGCCGUUAUGGGCCCUUCAGGCUGUGGUAAAACAACAUUGCUGAACUGUUUGUCCGGGCGCGUUGGCUUGGACGGCGGUGAGAUCUGGCUGAAUCGCGAGAGGCUCACCAAACGGUGGCGCAGAAGAAUCUGCUACGUACAACAGCAGGAUGUUUUUUUCCCCGAUCUCACUUUACGGCAGACGCUCGAGUACCAGGCGAGGCUGAGGCUUCCGGACACGCUCUCGCACUCCCAGAAGAUACAGUGCGUGGACCAUAUCAUCGAGGUCCUCGACCUCGCGGCCUGCCAAGACACCAUUAUUGGAGAUUACACGAAACGAGGACUUUCCGGUGGUGAGAAGAAGAGGACGAGUAUAGCCUGCGAAUUACUCACAAAUCCGUCGCUAAUGCUGCUCGACGAACCCACAAGCGGACUCGACUCGCAUUCAGCACAGGCAUUGAUCUCGCGGUUGAAGAAGUACGCCGAGCAGGAGGGCAAGAGCAUCGUGGUGACGGUGCAUCAGCCUAGUUCCAGGAUGUUCCACAGUUUCAGCAAGCUGCUCCUGCUGAGCCGCGGUCAGGUGGCGUAUUACGGCCCGACGGCGAAUAUCGGUAGAUUUUUCUGCACGAUAGGGCUCACGUUACUGCCGCACUACAACCCCGCAGACUUCAUUCUGGAGCAAAUCAAGGGACCAGAGGAGGUUCGAGAGCGCAUCGUUGCCGCGGCGAGAGCCGCAAGACAGGGACCUGACUGCCCACCGGAACUUCGUCCGGAGUAUAAUCCCAGCCAACAUCCGCUCUGCGACCAUCUCAUCCAUUAUCACGAGCACCACAUCAGCCACAACGUAAAAGAAGACGAAGGUCGCACACUAUGGCUGGACACACAAAGCCAUGCCAGCAGCAGCGCGAGUUCUGCCGAUGAUGACUAUUCCUGGCAGUGGCCCACUAGCUUCUGGUCGCAGUUCAAAGUAUUAACGGAGAGGAACUUUCAAGAGGCGCGGCCGCGAAUGUUGUCGCGUUUGAACUGGUUGCAAACGAUAGCGCUAGGACUGCUGGCCGGGCUUUUAUGGCUGAGGCUUCCCCGAACAGAAGCGGCCCUCCACGACAUCCAAGGCUGGAUGUUCUUCAGCACCACGUACUGGAUGCUCUUCGCGCACUUCGGUGCACUCUCUAGCUUUCCCCCGGAGCGCGAGGUGAUCAACAAGGAGCGCCUGUCAGGAUCCUAUCGGCUCUCGGCCUACUACCUGGCGAAGAUGGUCGGCGAGCUGCCGCUGACGGUAACGCUGCCCGCGGUCUACCAUAUCAUUAGUUACCCGAUGUUAGGCUUCCACAGUCCGGCGGUCUUCGUCACGCUGCUCUUGUUCUUACUGCUCAACACCGUGGUCGCGCAGAGUGUCGGCUUCUUUGUGGGCGCGUGCUGCCUGGAUCUGCAGGUGAGCAUUACCGCGUCCGCCCUCUACACCCUCGCGACGCAGCUUUUGGGCGGCUACCUAGCGACGGCGGUUCCACCGUGGCUAGCGUGGGCCCGAUACGCGAGCAUGGUGCACUACGCCUAUCAAAACAUGCAGAUUCUGGAGUUCGGCGUCGGCGAACCGAUCACAUGCUCGCAUCCGAGUAAAUUCGCCGAGUGCAGAAACGGCACGACGAUACCCGUUUCCGCGAUUCUGGAGAGUCAAGGCGGGGCCAGGGGCUCCGGUCUACCGAUGUGGGCGAACACGGCGGUGCUCCUGGCGUUCCUGAUCGUUUUCCGGACCCUGGGCUACCUCGUCCUGCGUUAUUAUCGUGUACCAAAAUGAGCGUGCCGUCAGCCACGCAAGUAGCCACGCAAAUUCUCCACACGACUACUUUCGCGCGGAUCUUCAGUUUUACUAUUAUUAUAAUUAUUACUGUAAAAUUACAGCGGUCGUCGUCGGCGUCGUCGUCGUCGUUGUCAUCGUCGUCGUCGUCGUCGUCGUCGUCGCCACCGGUCGCGUGUCUCGCUCUAUUGUCGGGAAAAUAAUCGGUCGCACACGUUUCGACGUCGUCCCCCAGGGAAUCCUCUCUCUUUCUCUCUUUCGCCGUGCGCUGUCGAAUGUCUGUAAAGUUUUUCUAUCUAGCUUCGAAAACAGCGGAGAGAGAAAAGAGAGGAAGAGAGGAGAGAGACAGGGGUGAAUGAAGGAGGGGGCGCGAACGGUACCACGCGAAUGCGAGCAUUCUCGCUUCUCUCAAUGGCUUGUAUCGAGCGACGCGAAACGCGAGACCGUAAUAGACUCGGUGAGAUAAAUAAAUAAAUAAAUAUAUAUAUAUAUACAUAUAUAUAUAUAUAUAUAUAUGUAUAUGUGUAUGUAUAUAUAUAUAUAUAUAUAUAUAUAUAUAUAUAUAUAUAUAUAUAUAUAUAUAUAUAUAUAUAUACUGUAUAUGUUGAGACUUUGCACCACAAUAAGGAGCGUGUGUGUAACUCUGCUGUGUGAAAGAUACGGACGUGCCAGAGCGCCUGCGCGUUCGCACGCGUGUGCGUGAAUGCGAAACGAGUGAACGGACACACGGGACAUCUCGUUGUUUUCUCGUUGUUUGCGGCAAGAAGGGUAUAAUAGUAGGGAAAUUUGACUGCGGCAUCGCGACGCCGUAAAACCGACUGAAAAUUUGUACGGGCGAUAUGAGACCUUUAUAUAUAUAUAUAUAUAUAUAUAUAUACAUAUAUAUAUAUAUAUAUAUACAUAUAUAUAUACACAUAUAUAUUAUACAUACAUAUAAUAUAUAUAUAUAUAUAAUAUAUAUAUAUAAUAUAUAUAUAUAUAUAUAUAUAUAUAUAUAUAUAUAUACAUACAUACAUAGAAUAUAUUACGCAUACGCAUUACACGCGAACGGUAGGAUCUAGAUACUUCGAGCGUACGUUUGUAUAAGCGAGAGAUCGUCACGUCUUGAUUUUUACUUUUAUUACCGCCACAAUUGCUACGUUUACAAUGUUCGUUGAUACCGGAUAGGUGGUACCUCUAUACUGUUACUAUCAUUACUUACUACUGUCUUUACUACUUCGAAACGCUGUAAUUAAGAGAUAUAGAUGAAAGAUUAUGCUGCUAUAUAAUUCUAAGACGUUGAACCGGGGAAAGAGGAAACAUAUAUAUGUUAUACAUAUAUCGAUACCGUUCUUUCAAUGUGCCAGCGGCACGACGGGAAGAAAGUUGCGCGCGGCAAGAUCGUCUCGAGGAGAGUUUUGCAGCGCACGCAAGGAACAGAGAAGAGACCGUCUUCACCGUCGACUAUAGGACUUGUUGGUUUCUAAUAUAUUUCCGUGAUAUUAUGCGGAUGUGUGCGUUGCGCGAAUGGGGAUCCAAAAUUGACCAGCGGUAUAAUAUUUCAUUGUUUACUUUGUACAUAGAGAGAUAGAGAGAUAGAAAGAGAGAGAGAGAGAGAGAGAGAAGCGAGAGGGAGGGAGAGAGAAACUACGUAUGUAUAUAUCGAGGAAUGAAAUAUAUUUCACUCAUAUACAUAUAUACAUACGUAUGCAUACGGAGACACUUAUGUACGCGUAUACAUAAUGAUAAUAAUAGUAAUAAUAACAACGCUAAGAGUAUUAUUAUUCCAAUUAUUAUUACUAUUAUUAUCGCCUAACGAUUACACAUCUUCAUUAUACAUAUAUAUAUAUAUAUAUAUAUAUUUUAAUUUUUAUUAUUAUAUUAUAUUAUUAUUAUUAUAUUCCUGCAUGUACAUUUGUAACGGACUGAACAAGACGCGCUGUAUUUUUUUGUACAUGCACGAGAGAAGGGACGGACGAUGCGCAAUUAAUUAACGCCGGAGCCGCAUAUUAAGAUUAUAAUUCUCGCGUGAAUCCACUUUCGUUUAAAAUAACACCGAGUAUCGUAG